AGUGUGGCCCCAGAAGUGCCACCUGUCAGUGCCACGUGCCAGUGCCCAUCAGUGCCACAUCAAUGCCACCCAUCAGUGCCAGUCAGUGCCACCUAUCAAUGCCAAUCAGUGAACCUAUCAGUGCUGCGCAUCAGUGACAGUCAGUGUCGCCUAUCAGUGCGCAUCAGUGCCAGUCAGUGCCGCCUAUCAGUGCCAUAUAUCAGUGUCAUGUAUCAGUGCUGCCUUUCAGUGCCCAUCAGUGACGCCUGUCAAUGCCCAUCAGUGCAACCUACCAGUGCCUCCUCAUCAGUG